AUGUCUUCGGGAUUUGUCUCCGCGGGAACAGAUCAAGAGCCUAUUCAACGUGAUGACGAAUGGGUUCGUGUGCAAAAAGAGCUCGAGGAGGAACGCAGACGGAAGGCAGAGUUAGGGAAGCAGGAUGGCGGCAAAAGCUUAUAUGAUGUUCUGCAGCAGAACAAAAUGGCCAAGCAGGAAGCAUUCGAAGAAAAGAUAAAAUUGAAGAACCAGUUUCGCGCCCUCGAUGAAGACGAAGUCGAAUUUCUCGAUUCUAUAAUGGAGUCUACUCGAGCUCACGAGGCCACUGUGAAGAAGGAGACUGCCGAACAACUGGAGCAGUUCCGGCGGCAACGAGAGGAGGCGGAGAAGGCCUACCUAAAAGACACAUCGCCAGAAAUCCCUCCAGCUGCCGAAGCAGAAGAUUGGAAGAUUGCGUCGCGCAAGAAACGGCGCGAGAAAAGCGGUGCGACACUUAUUCCAGGUCGAAAACGAAAGUCGAUGGGCGACGUUACUACCGAUCCUCCUAUGAAAGAGACGGAACCAAACAAAAGGACCAAGGAACUCCUCGAGGAGAAACGAAACGUGACUAUCCCAGCCACAGAGGAGAAGCCCAAAGCCUCGGGCGUGAACAAGGACCCAGCUCAACAACCCGCAAAGCCGACUGCUAAUCCACCAGCACCAUCUCUUGGCUUGACUGGCUAUAGCUCAGAUUCGGAGUGA